AAAAAAAAUGAACUUCACUAAACAAUAAGUGGAAAUGUUGCGUGAAAGUUAUUUAAAAGAAGAAAAGCAUAGAAAUGGGAGAACAGAUUUGUUUUUAAAAUGAUGCAACUCUAAUAGAUAAAAGUUUGACAAAAGUAAAAGAAAAAAGCGCAACUUUUAUUCAGGCAACCAGACGCAACGAACAGUAUGUAUCAACUCAAAAAGAAGACAGCCAAUAUUAAAAAAGAUUUCUUCUCACGUUUGUUUGACAACAACAAUAACCAUGACAAUAUUUCUGCAACACUAGCUGCCUCUGAAAAGGCGCGAAAAGCAAGUGAGACAUGUAUCGAGGAGGUAAAUAAGACGAUAAAAGAAACAAAGCAUGAUGACGGUGCAUUGAUUCAACGUGUAGAUUUGAAACUUGCAAAACUAAAGAAAGAAGUGGCGUGUCUGAUGCUUCAGAAUAUUUCAUUAAUUGACAAAUUUUUGGAAGCCGAUGGUUCGCUGCGUCACCUUCAAAACGUUCAGGAACUAAACAUGCGUACCAAAGUUCGACCGUAUACCAUCGCUUCCGAUACAAUAUAUACAAAAAUCAAUUCCUACACGCGUUUGCAAAAAUGUGAAAGCUGCCAUGAAUUAUCGCAAUUUCUCGAGUUUCCAGAUAUUGAAAAGAGCAUAGCGAUGCGUAAACUCUCGAUACGCAAUCGAUUUUUAUCGAGUAGUUUACGAAGAUAUAUUGUCAAAGAAGACUUACUACAUUCUUUUGGUUGUGACUUACUUGAAAUGUUCGAAGGAUAUCGAGCAAUGUACGAUUCUGAUAUCGAUUCAGGAAAUGGAGAAGAUGUGUUUGCAGACGAUAAAAAUAGUUUUACCAAUGCUUUUCAAAAUGAACAAAUGAUAAUGGCAUCAGGCAUCGAUCCAAAUAAUGUCAAAGAAAUGAAACUCGCACAUUGUCAAAGAAGUGUCGAAAGUAAAUUUGUACCGAAAAAAAUUCUAGGAACUGGAAAGAAAAGCGGUGACGAUUUCCAUGAUGUUCCAUUCCAUAAAAGUAAUCGGAUAAAAGAGGACAUUGCAGUGGAAAUUGCUCAGAUAAAUCCAGUCAUUGGAUUGAUCAAUGAAAAGCAAUAUUCCCGACUUGAUUUCAACACAUAUCGAUCGAAAUCUGAAACAGAUAUAAAGAAUGCAAGUUGCAAAGCUGAUGCGACAUCUUUAACCAUGGCAACUGUUAUGACCAGAAGAACUCUCACUCGUAGUGUAUCUUUCGAUGAAACUGUGUUGGUUAAUGGAGAAAGCAAAAUCAGUAUUAGCGACAACUGGCGGGACAAGCAGCCUUGUAUUUUAGAAGGUAGUGCAAACUAUUAUAAAAUAAAUGACAAAGAAUGGCUUCAUGAUAAAAAGGAAAUUAUAGCAAUCGAGACUGAAGUAGUUUCUAACGAGAUAACUGGUGAUGUUUUGAAUGAAAAAGGCGAUAGAUCUACCAUGCCUUGUCAAAAGACAACCAAUGGCGAAAAUAGCAAUGAUCGUGUGUUUACCCAAAAUACAUCUGCAUCAACAUUUCCUUCGGAAAAGUGUGAUCUAAUGGAAAUAAAUCAAACAAAAAAUAUAAAUAAAGAUGAAAUGCAAAACGAAAUAAAAGAAAAAGGAAAGAUCAAUGCAGAUGGAAAUGAUUCGAAGAACAAAGCAUAUAUGGCUGAUUUGAAAACUCAAUUUGUUUCUGACAUUGAAAUUACAAGUUUUAAGAAACACGAUGAGAAGAAAGUCACAGGUAGAACUAAAAACAUGGCAACGAACAAUGAUGCCAAGGACAUAGUUGGGCCAAAAAAAUUUAAGGAACAGCCAACAAAAUUAGUCAAUGCUAAAAAAUCCACUAUGAAAGUACCGUCAAAAGAAAAGAUCGUUAGACAGACGGCUGAAACACUUAGUAGAAAUGAAGAGGUAAAAACGUUUAAUACAGUUACAUCUCAAAAGCAAUCAUUGCCAAACCAGAAACAUUUACAGAAUGGUGUCCAGCAAAAAAUACUUGCUUUGGAGGAGAAAAAGAAACGGAAUGACAUAAACAAUAUUACUCAGAGAACACCGACAAAGACCAUCCUAUCAAUCCAUAAGGCAACCGCAGAAAGUCAACAUGAGACGGGUGCAAAAGCAGAAGGUAGCUUAUCACUUGAACGUAAUGAAGAAAUACUGUCAGCUUAUAGCUCUGCACAACUUGGUUUUGCCAAAUUUAAAAGCAUGGAAGACUUAUGUACGGGUGACGGUAAUCAAUCUAAUUUAAAAUUAAAUGACCGUGAAGUUUCUAAAGGUUUGGCAUUGAAGAAUAAAAAAAUUGAGAUGCAUAAUUUGGAUAGUGUAUGUGAUGAAAAGGAUGACCAGUAUAAACUUUAUGAAGCUUUGGUAGUUCGAGGAGAAGACGGUGGGUUUACUUCUAUGAGAAAGCAACAUGAUGUGACAGAACAAAAAUUUGAUUCAACAAAAUCGAGUUCUAACGAAUCUGACUUGGUAUCAAGAAAAGUGAAAACCUCUGAAAGUGGUGCAGCAAAGAAGAAAACAUCUAUUACUGCACCAAACAAAUCAGUCGCUAAUAAUAGUGCAAAUAGAAAAAACAGUAAGUUUAAACAGGUUACAGCCCCUUCCAAUUCGACGAGGGCUGGAGGUAAGGAUCUUGUAACUAAAAAAACAACGACAACAAAGCAAAGCUCCUUGAAACAGUGUAAUCAAAUUCAGGUUAAAAGUAGUAAAACUGCAAAGAUAAAUUCGACCAAAGAAGGAGUUGCAUCUCGCAUCAUAAAGCCAGCCUUAAAGGAAAGUUACAGCAGGACACAAACAAAACAAAAAGCAACUACGGAAAGAGUAAAAGCAACAUCAGCAGCUUCGGCAAAAGACAAAAAGAUAUCUACUGAUGGCUAUAACUACCACUUGCCUCAAAGUUUAAAAACAAAAAAGCAACAGGCGAGUAGUAAUUCUAGUGAUUCAAAAGUAACAAAUCAUGUGCAUGGCUAUUUGUCUCUUAGUGGUGCGAAGAAUAAAGAUUUUCAUGCACGAAGCAAAAUAGUUUCAAAGUAACCGAAAUACAAUGUCUAAAGAUGACAAGUACAGACAAUAUGGCAGUUAUGAACGCAGUAAGGAAGACAUGUUAAAGAUAUGCUAGAGAUGUAGUCAAAUUUAACUGUAAAAAUUAAAAAAGAAAAAAUACAAAAAGAAAAACAUAUUUAAAACAAGAAGAUCAUGCAUGGUACAAGAAGAUGUCAAAUUAGACCAACUCGUAAAAGAUACGCCAUACGAAUAAUUUAUUGGGGUAAGAUAAAGAAACAAAAAUAAUAACAUCGAUUUCACCAAAACAAAUUGCAGUUGACGUCAGAAAUAAAAUAGAGUAUUUGACACAAUGUGUUUUAUAAAGAUAAAAUGUUUUAGAUUAAAAUAGAUUGAUUAUUUACUUA